AUGGUUUUUCCUCGGCUUCUGCGUUGUAUACCACAUGCAAGUUCAUCAGCGGCUCGUUUCAUCACAGCUGAAGCCAGUGUGACCUCGGAAGCUCCUGCUAAGCAUCAGGUCUUCGAUCGGCAACUGAAAAGAAAACAGCGGAACUGGGCCGUUAGACAGCCGCAGUUUGAGGAUGCACAAUAUCUCAAAGAAGAGAUUGGCUGGAGAGUGGCAGAUCGGGUAUGUCGGGGGAGAUAG